UAGUGGUGGCGGUCGUGGUUCUCGUUCUGGCACGACUUUCGGCAGUCCUGGUAGCAUGGGACCCGCUCGUCGUGGUCCGCGCUCUUGUGCGAGAAAUAGUGGGCAGCAUUAUCAUGAUCCGUGUUCACGACCCGGCUACGCCGGCACCAGACGUCGAUCUUCGCCGAAUGAUAGUCCGGAAGUGGAGGUGCCCCCGCACAUGGGAACUUCUGCCGACGCACGUGUAAGAGCGCCGUAUAAUUUCGCUCCGCUGUCAUCUGCUCCCUCUCCGUGCUCUUCAUCUCCGAUGGGCGUAAAUGCUAUGCACCCCACUAUAGACGAAGCGCGAGCCGCGCAUCUGGAGCUAAUCGGUGCGCAGGCCGCGUACGCUGCCGCGGCGCAGGGCGAGAGUGACGACCAGGCUGUUAGUGCCGGCACGGCGGCCAUGUUGCAGGCUGUCAACGCGGUGGCAAACAACGGUGCUCCUGACUGUAGUUCUUGUUUCUACGGCAAUAAUUUUAACGGAUCCACCACUACUUCUCCGACAGGCUUCUACCCGAUCACUCCGCAGCAUCACCAAUCUGGGACUACUGCCCAUCAUGGGAACUACAUGAAAGGGGGAGGCGGAAAUAAAAAGGGAAACAAGAUGCAAUACCACGAAGAUGACGUCCACGUCGGCGCGCUAUUCCUCGAUAACGCCAGUAACUUUGAUAUCAACCAGCAGAACAUCAAUCAUCAAGAAAACUUCUACGACCGCGGCCGCAGCAAUGGCAAAAAUACCUCCGCGAAUACUAAAGAUCACGCGCUGAUGGACCCGAAUACCGGCCGUCUUUACCGGCCGAGUUCCAAUAAAAUACCCGGUUCUCGACGAGGUCGGAGUGGAGGUGGUAUGAUUCCCGUGUAUUGCAACAGAGGUGCCGCGGGCCGCGUUUCUUCUCCGACGACAGGUCAACAACGGCAUGGGAAGGGCAGCUCGCCAAGAUCUACUUUGCAGGGCUUUUUGCAGCCGCACGGAAAUAGUACCAAGUUCCUCGGAGUAGAACAUCAUCAACACGGAAAGAUGAUGAAGGGCAUAAAUGGAAAAAGAGACAACAAGAAAGGCGGCGGGUUUGAUGGAGGUGACAGUCGACUACAAAAAAAUGGGCGGGGUGGAAAUAACGAUGUGCAGGAUUUUCGUGGGAGUGGUAGUUCUCAUCAACAUGUUGAUCAACCGCGUCGCCCGCUGGUCUUGCAAAGGAAACGGAACUACACGCAUAAUCCGCUGGCAGAGGAGAUUUCAUUGUUUCACCAUGGCAUGAUGCUUGAGGAGCAGCAGGACAAGUUUGUGAUGGGGCUUGACCAGCAGCAGCAAAACAACUUCCCGAACGGGGACAAGAGUGUCUGGCACGACGAAAGCGUCGAAAAGAACCGCAGCUCCAGGCUGCCGUCGAGCGGAGUAGACCAAGCUCUUUUUGAGGUGGAUCGUGCUCCCGUUGAUGAGAUUGCGCCUGCUAGUACUUCUGCCUGUCCCCUGGACGUGCAGUGCUUGAUGGAUUCGAUUGAUGUUUUGGAGCAACGUGGAUAUAGUAGCCGUGGCAAGAUGACCAUGACCGAUCCGCAGAACGGGAACGGCAGCACUUCGAGCAACGACGCUGCUGAAGUCCAGAAGAACUCGACGGAUCCCGAUCGCCAGCAGGGAAGAUCGGAUUUCCAAACUGCGCCGUUCUGUUCCAUCGAAGGACCACCAGAAAGUGGUGCUGACGUCGCGAGAAAAAUGUGUACCCGCUCGCAUUCUUCUCAUCUGCAGGAUAAGUCCUUUGUGCGCACCAGCAGUUCUGCGGUGCUGAGAAGCUACCAACAUGAAGCCGCUUGUUCAAGAACAAAUGGUGGUAAAGACCAAAGCGCUGUGUUUUUCGUGAAAAAGUUGAUCGAAGCUUUUGAACAGAUGGUGCCCGAGCGGCUCCUGCGUCCCACGAUGCAGAAGGAGGCGCUGGCGCGAUUGAAGAAGUACGUUCUUGUUGCGGCGAAUUCAUCUUCUGGGGGACAGAAGCAGCAGCAGAUUAAUUGUAACCAGGCUGGCGGUGAUCGUGAUGUGGGUGCUACAACUUCUACGGGCAUUUCUCGCGAGGAGGGCCUACUACUGCUGGGAGGUACAACUCCUGCUGUGGCGGAUGUGGAAAAUGACAACAAGAAUCAGAACUAUGACAAUUAUGGUACUACUGUCCAGCAUCAACUUCCUCCUGUUCUUGCUCCUGAUGUUGGUGCAAACGGUGCUCGUGAAGGUGUCGAGCAGGAGCCUCCGCCUUCGGUUUUGGGUUGUCGGAUCAGAGACAAUGGGAACGGCGUCGUCGAUGAAACGAGUAGUGAAGAAGGGGGAUCUAGGACCAAGUUUCGAAAUCUUCAUGCACGACCUCUACAGAUGUCAAAUUCGGGCGAAAUAAUUGGUGACCAUUGCGAACAACAGACCGCUUUGAGCUGCGACGAAAAAACCUUUUUGCGAGAAGAUGACGAAUUAGAUGUUGAUGAUGACCACGAUUUUUUCCUUGCUCCCACUGCUGCUCCUCCCGCGGCCUCCACUGCUGCUACGAUUUCCGCGCUGUUACUACCGGGCGCUACUGAUUCCGCUGCUUCGUUGCAGCUGGUGGACGAGGGUACUACGACCAGCACGACUAUCAAAAAUGUGUUGAACAAUCAGAAGGACGAUAGCGAUAAGAUUGAAAAAACCACGUCUCAUCUGAUGCCGACGACAAGCACGCUUCCGGUUGCCGAUUUGCAGAAGCUGUUAGCUUUCUGUGAGCGGAUUGAACAAGCACAGAAUCAGAUCAAGAACACGGCUUCCUCGGUGGAUCAUGCUGGCACUAUUGACGAAGAUUUUCGCAAACAAUCGAAACUACACUACGACCCUAAAAAUGCAGUAGAAGUCGGGGAUGAGAUUAUCGAUGAAGCCGCUGCCGCUGCUGCUGUGCUUCGGAAAGAUGUCGGGAUGAAGACACUUCUUCAGCAGGAUGAAGAGCGAUCCUCGACGCAUUUGAUGGCUUCAGUCAAGGAACUCGUCCGUGUGGCGUUGCAGGGGCACGCGGCUGCGCAGACCGACACGGGGAGUAUUCCGGGGUUCCCGGGUUUCGCCUUCGGAUAUCCAGGAAAAAACACCCAUCCACAUCCAAUUUGUCAUGCAAAACAUACAUAAAGUCCUGUGCUUGUCAUGCAAAAAAUGGAUGUGGAUGGGUUUUUUUCUGUGGAUAUCGGAAAAGCUUUCUCUAUGUCGAAUAACAACCCUCCUGCGGCGAGGACAGAUCAUGUUGCAAGAAACUACGGCACUUCUUCGACUUCCGUUCUUGGUGAGCAGAAUAUUAUCCCGUACGGAAAUAAUAUUAAAACUUCUGCCCACCUAUUAGGCGAGAAAAAAUCACGGAACGAGUGCAGCGUCAGCACACAUUCGUCUGCCGAGGAUUUCGUUUACAGUCGUCUACGGGCCCUGGUCCGAGGGGAGUCGAUGCUUGCGUUCUCUAGUCGCACGGUCUCGGCUGCCUCUGGAACCUCGACCGCCGAACCUUAUCGCAUCAGCUCCAGUUGUACGGAAAAUCAUCACAAGAACACCGUCGCCCCACCGCUGACUACCGCUGACUCCUACAGCGUUGAUAAGCUUUUCAACAAGUCAGCUCUUCAGGAUAUCUUAUGUAAAAACGUCCCCACCCCAUAGUUGUCAUGCAAAAGUGCAUGCUCGAAAUGUUUCUCAUGCGGAUCCCCAUGAGAGACAUUUUCUCAUGCUAUCUGGAAGUUUGUGAUGCUGGAAUCAGGAUAAGGUAGUCGAUUUGUCAUGCGGCUACACUACCUCAAAGAGCACUACACUACGAGUAUAAACUUGUCAUGCGAAACAGCCAAAACUUGUUCAUUUGUGUAGCAAAAUCCCCAUCUUGACUAUGGUGUGGGGACGUUUUUACUCAGGAUACAGGAACUUGGAUUGCUAUCGAGUGGCUCCUGGUCUUGUGAUUCGACUUUAUCGGCGGGCCAGGAUCGCGUGAGCAAGCAUUUGGACAUGCAGGUGGACGAGGGUGCUGGCGAAAAGCUAGACGAGCAACUAUCGCCUGCUCCUGGUGUUGACAACAAAAAGUCAUUUAUUGGCGCGAAGAAGAUGCAGAAAGCGACCACUUUUAUUCCGCGGGACAGUUACGAACUGAAGACGAAAAGUUUAUCCGUUGGUUCGCAGGGUCAGGAAGUGUACUACGGUAAUGUCGACCAUUGGCUGCCGGAAAACUUGAUGACCGCGGCCCAGAACUCGGUCGAUACUUCGAUCGCAGCCGCCGCGCAGCCCGACGCGUUGUUGACUGCAAGCCGAAAAACUACAAUGUCUAUGGGCCUUGAGCAUGAUAUUCUGAGUAAAAACGUCCCCACCGCCACCCCAUAGUCAAGUUGGGGAUCUAGCAACACAAAUCUCCAAGCUUUGGGAGCUGUGCAUGACAAGUUUCCCUCUGCAGUGUAGUGCUGAUUGGCAAGAGAUGCCGCAUGAGAAAGCCACUUUCGCAUCCUGUUUACAGCAUUACAGAUUCCACAACAUGAUUGGAAGUGCCUCUCAUGGAGCUGCGCAUUACAAAUGUUCCUGUCAUUGCACAUUUGCAUGACAACUCUGGUGUGGGGACGUUUUUACACAGGAUACAUGAACAGCAAACUUCAUCCGCUCCUACAGGGAAAAAACACGAGGAGCCCCAGCCGAUUCAGGUCCGACAAGAUGGCAGAAGCAAUAAAGUUGGACCUUCUAUUGACGAUCCCCAAACCCGCGCUGGUGCGGACAAUGCUACAGAUAUUGUUGCUCCAGCGAGGACUCUGUCAAGUAAAAAAAGCGUGGGGGCGACUAGUUCUGGCAAUUACAGCGAGGAUGGACUGUUGGAUGCUGAUUUAUAUCCGGCCGCUCGACGGCGCGGGAAAGACAACUCCAGGAAGAAACACAAGAAUCGCAAAAACAGGAACGACAAAAAUUCGCCGAGCAACAGGAUUAUCUUUGUCAAGAAGCAAGUGCAAGAAGGUCUGCUAGAUCAAGGAACCCACGCGGGAGAAGUUUCAGCUCCGUGCACAGCAGUUGCCGGACCUACUUCUUCGUCAAUUGUUGACGGUGCAGCACUUCCACUUGUUGCGAAAGGCCAGGGGCCGCAAUCACAGCCGGGCGUCGCGACUGCUGCUAUCGAUUCUUGGAAAAGCAAAAAAAGCAGCGCUGUGUUCGAGAAAAGGAACAACAACACAGGCGACGAUCAGGAACGAGAAAAUCAAAGCUGCAAGGAACAACAGCUGCAAGAGACCUCUUCAACGUCCGACAUCAGUGCGACCCGGCGUACUAUUCGGAACCAGAAAGAGCGUCAGUACAAAAAGAACCGGAGCAAGUUGUGGGAGGAAAAACGUAUGGGGCUCUCAAACGUUACAUUCUCAGCUGUUACAAACAUGAGCUGUCACGCAAAAACACUAUCACUCUUCCCACGAUCAAGCCUUCUCCGCAUGACAAUUCCUCGACGCGCUAAAUAGCACUAGAAUCCGUGGUGGCCCCAAGUCUGUAAUGCAAAAGGCGCAGUCUUCCUGUUUUCACUUUUGCCAUUCUUGCAUCACAAACUCAUGUAACAGUUGCGACGAGUGUAACGUUUGAGAGCCCCAUAAAAGAAGCUCUGAUCCAGGAGCAGAUGGACAUUGAUCACCACAUUUCCAUGUACCACCACCAUCAUGUGUCGCGGGUGAUGCCUAUGAGAGUGGUGCACAAGAGCUCCCCCUCACGACCCUCGCUUGCCAUGCAAAAUCCCAAAUCCAACUGCUACCCUCAGGGACUGUUUGCAUAACAGAUUCCAGAUGAACAAGACCAAACAAUACUACAUCGGGAGUAUCAUGAACAUGAACUUGUCAACAUGCACAGCACCAGGCUCCACGUGUGCUGGAGCUGGUGUUUGUAUUGCUGUUCAUGCCAUACAAAACAAAGAGGCGGACGAGGAGGGGAGUAGUUGUGCACUCUCAUAAUUCCGGCAGAGUUCGCGGCCGCGUCACAGUCGUCCUCUUAUCGAACUGCC